AUGAUAGAUGUCGGUAAUACGGAUGGUCUGCGCGAUCCCACGAAGUUGCCAAAUUAUAUUGUAAACAGCUCGGCGAUGAGAAUAAAUGAAUAUUUUACAUCCAAAUCAUCCAAUAAAACUGAAGAUACACAAAUAAAGAAAAAAAAAACGGAAAAUGAAGAAAAGGUUACCAUCGAUCAACAUACCGUUAAUGACGAGUUAGAUAUUGGAAAUCUAUUUGGAUUGAAAAUAGACGAUCAUACCAAAGCAGAUAUAUUAAAACGUUCAAAUGUACCUGAUGAAGAUUUUAUAUACCYAUUUUCAAUCCAUAACAAAAACGGUAAGCAAGACAAGCGUUAUUUAAGGAAAAAUCAUUUUAUACAGUAUAGCUGGCUAGAAUACUCAAAAUCCAAAAAAGGAUUAUUUYGCAAGUAUUGUGUACUUUUCCUAAUAUCUGACAAAGGUGGACGAAGAGGUACAGAAAAAUUAAAACGACUUAUUACUGAGCCGUUAACUCAGUUUGCCAAAUUAUUAGGAAAAGACGGAUUGUUAGAAACACACCAUAAUAAUGAUUAUCAUAAAAAUUGUGUUCAAUUUUCUUUUGACUUUCAAAAAACUUUUUCAAAUCCAAAUAAAGUUGUUCUUAACUUGAUUGAUACUGAACGUAUGAAACAAAUUAAAGAAAAUAGGGAGCGCUUAGUACCAAUAAUUGAGAGUAUCAAGUUUUUAGGRCGUCAAAAUAUUGCUUUACGAGGUCACAAAGAUUUUGGCCCACUUUCUUGUCAACCUAAUUCAUCAAGUGUUAUUAACGAAGGUAACUUUCGAGAAAUUUUGAAGUUUAGGAUCUCAUCAGGUGAUGUAACUCUUGAAAAUCAUUUAAAAGAUAAUAAUGCAAAAGCAACUUAUAUAAGUCCUACUAUUCAGAAUGAAUUGAUAGAGUGUAUUAGAAAAGAAAUAACAUCUAAAAUUAUUAAAGGUAUUGAAAAGGUCAAGUACUACAGUAUUAUAUUUGAUGAAACUACUGAUAUCUCUGCAACCUCUCAAAUGAGUCUAAGUGUCCGAUAUAUUGACUCAAAAAAUGUAGUUGAAAGAUUUAUUACUUUUAUUGACUGUCAUUCAUAUGUAUUUAAUAAAAAUAAUUUUAAUAAUGAUGAAGAAGAUGAUGGAAAUAUAGUAGAUUCAAACCAGGUAGAACCAAAAUUGACCGGAGAAUUGCUUGGUGAUAUUGUCAUUAAAAUGAUUACCGAACUGGGUUUAGACUUAAAUAAUUGUGUAGGUAUUGCUACUGAUGGCUGUGCAGUAAUGGUUUCUACUAUAGUUGGGGCUGUUCAGCGUAUUCAGCAGUCAGCAAAAAAUGCUAUUCAUUGUCCUUGCCACAAUCAUGCAUUAAAUCUAUCGAUUUCGAAAUCAUCAACAGUUCAAUCGAUUCGUAACUGUAUAGGUAUCAUGGAACAAGUUAUAACUUUUUUUAACAUAUCAGCUAAACGUAAUUUUGUACUAAAAAGUAUCCUCAGAAAACAAUUUGUUAGUUUAUGUGAGACGAGAUGGGUAGAAAGGCACGAUAGUGUAUUGCUGUUUAAAACCUCACUACCUGAAAUUAUUAACGCCCUUACUUCUGUAUCAAAAUGGGAUGAUAUGGUAUCAUCUUCCAAAGCCAAAACCCUGUUGUUUUCAAUUUGUAACUGUGAGUUUAUAAUGUCUCUUUACUCACUAUCAUAUGUACUAUCUAUCACAUAUYAUGCAAGUAAGGCACUACAAGGCAAAUAUCAAGAUAUACUUACUGCUUCUGAAAUUGUUGAAGAUAUUAUUUCUACACUUAAGAAUAAUCGUUCAGAUUGUGAUACUAUCUUUCAAGGUAUUUAUAAUGAUUGCAAAUGCUUGAUGGAUGAACAAGAUAUUGAUAUACGAAUACCGAGAAUUGCUGGUCAACAAAAGAAUAGAUCAAAUCCACCAAACGUUAAUAGUUGUGAAGAGUUUUACAAAAUUACUAUUUUCAUUCCAUUAUUAGAUUUUAUAACUAAUGAUAUGAGUAGACGAUUUGGGAAACAUGAAAAUCAGACACUUGGAGCAUUAACUAAAUUGGUACCUUUGCAUAUUAUAAAAUUGUCAAAAAACGAAAGGAAAGAGGCACUUAAUGAAAUAAAAAAUAAAUUUUCAUCUUUUAAGAAUACAGAUGACGUGCUGUUUGAAUCAGAAUUAGAAAUUUGGUAUAGUAAAUGGAACCGUCAUAAAUUAAAAGGUGAUGACCUACCAAAAAAUGUUCUGGAAGCCAUUGAUGAGUGUUCUGAUGUGAUUUAUCCUAAUAUUAGUUCUUUGCUUUACAUCCUUGCUUCUUUGCCAAUUAGUGUAGCAACUGCUGAACGUAGCUUUUCAACUUUGCGCAGGUAA